CUUGAUUCAUCAUCUCGACUGAUGUGGUGCGUGCAUACAGGUAUAUAAGUCUUACACACCUGCUCCACACCAACGUCUUGAACAACGCCGCCUGACCUCACACUGCAAAGAGUAAACGUGCCUUGAGCGAGUCCACACAGCAUGCUGCCCCGGAGAGCGGCUGAUGUCCGGCAGAGCGUCCUGACGAGCCGCUGGCUGCCCGCUGCUCUGGCUCUGCUGCUCUCCACGCGCCUCAGCAGCGCGCACAGCACCACCGUAGAGCACGACUUCCACAUAGUCCACAAUGUGGACAACAGGAGUCCAGAGAUUGAUCCCUUCUGGUACGUGGGGCGUGGGGUGAGACCCAUAGGUCGGUUUGGGAAGAGACACAGUGUGGAAGUCGAUCUGAGCAGCCGGGACAUACAGCCUGUGCUCCGGACUCUAGAGCUGCUCCUCAACAGCCUGAAGACCAAGGACCAGCUCCGCAAUGUCCCAUUAGACGCAGACGACCAGGACUGGCUGCCAUGA